AUGACAAACAUCACAAUCACACCAACCACUGCCCGCGCAAUCGUGUCCUACGGCCCCUACAGCGCUGGUGGCUGGAAACUCGAACCCGUCACCCUCCGUCCACUGCAGCAGGGCGAGCUCCUGGUCGAGAUCAUCGCGUCGGGAAUCUGCCAGACAGACCUGCAUUUUGCUGGCAUGCAGAGCGGAUACGGGGUUCAUUACCCACGGGUGAUGGGACAUGAAGGUGCCGGAUAUGUCCGCCAGGUCGGAGCAGGAGUCACCGUCGCGCGCAUCAACGACCCUGUCCUACUAUCCUUCGCCUCCUGUCAGAGCUGUGCCUGCUGUCGACGCGGCCACCCGGCGCACUGCGAGAGCUACGAUCCGAUUAACUUCGAAGCGAGGUCGCGGAACCGUGUUUUCUCGGCAACUGAGGACACUGGGCCAACCAUCUACGGUCAGUUCUUUGGGCAGUCCAGCUUCGCCAGCUUCACGAUCGUGCGGGAAGAGAGCGUGGUCAAUAUGGCCGGGCUCGUCGAGACCAAAGACGAUCUGCGGAUGCUCGCGCCGCUCGGCUGCGGCGUGCAGACCGGGGCUGGGGCGGUGAUACGCGCCGCUGCUGCUGAGCCUGAGGAUACCGUUGCUGUGCUGGGGCUGGGGGGUGUGGGACUGAGCGCUGUGAUGGGGGCGCGGAUCGCGGGCUGUAAGCGGGUUAUUGGGAUUGCGCGGAAUGAGACGCGGCUCAAGGCGGCGCUCGACUGUGGGGCCACACAUGUUAUCAAGAUCAAUCCCGGGGAGGGGAGCGAGGCGAUUACAGCGGCAGUCCGCGGGUUGAACGGUGGGAAGGGGGCGGAUGUAGUCCUUGAGACGACGGGGGCCGUUGCGUUGGUGGGCGAGGCGGUGCGGAUGGCGGGAAAUAAGGGGAGAAUUGUACAGUUGGGGGUUGCGCCGGAGGGAAGCGUAGUUGAGUUGCCGAUUCAUGAGAUGAUGGUGAGUGGGAAGGUGUUCAUGGGGGUGGUUGAGGGGGAUGUGGUUUCGCAGGAGUUUGUACCGAGGAUGGCCAAGUGGGUGAAGACGGGGGCUUUGCCGCUGGAGAAGAUGGUGCGCUUUUAUCCCGCCGAGGAGUAUGAAGUGGCCAUUAGGGAUAUGCUGGCUGGGAAGACGACCAAGCCGGUCAUUGUUUGGUAG